GACGUCACAGGGGACGUUGGAGGGGGGGGGUCUGUCAGCCAUGGGAAUCCGUCUAUGAGUGUACCGUCAUAAUAUUCAAGGAUGCCUUUGGGUUUAAGGCCUACGUGCAGUGUUUGCAAAACGAGCUCUUCUUCCAUGUGGAAGAAGAGCAACCAGGGAGAGAUUUUGUGCAACAACUGUACAGGUAAAGGUAACCAUAGUGCGGGCAGUGGAGGGACAGUGUCAGCUGCAUUAUCGUCUGCACAGCAAAAUAAUGGCGGGGGGAAGCAGACUAAACAGGAAAUCCACAGAAGAUCUGCAAGGUUACGGAACACCAAGUAUAAGUCUGCACCAGCAACAGAAAAAAAGGUUUCCACUAAAGGGAAAGGAAGAAGGCAUAUUUUCAAGCUAAAAAAUCCCAUCAAAGCACCAGAGUCUGUUUCGACCAUCAUCACCUCGGACUCCAUCUUCUUUAAUGGAAUCUACUAUCAGACAGGUGAUGUUGUCUCUGUGGUCGAUGAAGAGGAUGGAAAGACCUAUUAUGCUCAGAUCCGAGGCUUUGUUCAGGACCAGUACUGUGAGAAGAGUGCAGCUCUGACUUGGUUAAUUCCUACUUUGGCCAGUCCUAAAGAUCACUUUGAUCCUUCCACCUAUAUUGUAGGACCAGAAGAAGAUAUCCCAAGGAAAAUGGCAUAUUUAGAGUUUGUAUGCCAUGCACCUUCUGAAUAUUUUAAAUCUCGUUCAUCACCAUUUCCUACGGUUCCUACAAAACAAGAAAAGGGUUAUAUCUGGACUCAUGUUGGGCCCACACCUGCAAUAACUGUUAAAGAAACAGUAAACAGUAGUGCUUGAUUGUUUGCAGGACUUGUUUUGAAGCAAAUCCAAUCCCGGGAAGUUUUCAGAUUUCUUUUUACCAAAUACACAGCACCUUUUCAACUGCAGAAUCAAAACAAAUGCAAGUUUAUUUUCCAUUGACAAGAUCCUGUGAACUAUGCUGCUCAGUUUUGAACUGACCUUUUAUGCUGUACUUUGUAUAUAUUUAAAGUGUUAACAUUUGUUUAUACCAUGAAUUUGAUGAAAAAUGUUUUAGCACAAUAUAAUCAUUAGUCGUAACAGUGACAGUGGCGCACUUUAAUUUUGUUUCAUUGAAGAGGGAACAUUUUCCUGACUGUCCAUAAGGUAUUGGGUGGGAUCUCUUCUGAUCAGCAGUACUUAUGAGCCUAAAGCAGAUGCAUUAGUACAGAUAUCUCAUUUUGUUACUUGUUUUUGCUUGGUGGCUGACAGACACAGUAAGCCUAUUAAGUCUUUGUAUCUGCCUUUUCAUCAUCCAUGUCUUUUCAGAGCCAUAACCAGGGCAGGGUGAAGGAAGACACUGCCGUGGGUGCAAGCUGUCAGCUGGUGCAGGGAUGACUUCAUAAAUCUGUUAUCGUAAGAACUUUGCUACAGUUUCAGGAGAAAGAUUUUUUUUUUGCACUUUAUCUUAGUUGGGAGGAUGCCAGAUGACCUGUGUAUGGUUUUGCUUCUCACCCCAUCUUCACCCACCUGCCAGUGCCCUGUUGAAUACUUCUUUGUAUUUAAUGUCCAUCCACUAGAACACCAUUCCUUGGGUGUGCAGGCUCUCUGUGAAGCUCUACUUUAGCAGAUCUAGGGAAUAAUUUAUUAUCUGUGAUCUCUCCCAAAUUAGCCAUUUCUGUUUAGCAUGACCCGUUCAAACCCAUCUAGACUGCUUUUUUCCGCUGCCGUAGUCUUUGGUUAUAGCCAUUCUUCUCCAUCCAAGGUACUCUCCUUGUGGCUUUCCUCUUGACUGUUGGACUCCUUCCAGAAGCGGUCUUUCUGCUUGUAUGUCCAUACUCAAGAUGUGGCAAACAGGGCCUGGUUGGGCAGGAGCAUCAUCCUUUGGUUCUGGAAUUUAUUCUCUUGUGGAAACUUACUGGCAUUUUGUUUGGUGCUGCCACUGGCAUCCCAGUGUUCUUGGGAGUUCAUUCCAGGUGUGGUCAAAGUUUUGGUCCUAGUACUCCAGUCAACUUUUCCAUUCUUGGCUACCUAAUUAGCCCCCCCGUGUGUAUGUGUAAUAAAUUAUAUACAAAGAUAGAUGGAGAGAUUGUGUUGUACUGCAUUUGAGCUAUUAUGUUUGGCAUAUACUUUGUAUGUUGAUUUGUCCUGUGGUUCUCUACAGCUUGUUUCUCACUUUGGAACAGAGUUUAGCCCAUUGUGUGCUCUAAACUUUGCUGGAGUGCUAAAGUCAUACACCUUUCCCUAAGAAAAGAUUUCUACUCUGGCUGCUGCACCCCCCCCCCCCCCCCAAGAAGCUUUUUAGUUUAUAUGCACUUAUGACUCCAGGUCACUUAUGUUGCAGACAGAACGCAGAAUAGUCCAUUUCAUUUACCUUAGCAGACUGGGAGUGACUUUCUUAGCUGUGCCCCAUUUUUAUAAUUAGCGUACUGCUUACCAAGUAUACAACAGUAAAUUUAAAAAUGCACACUAUGUAAAACCAAGCAAGCGAGUUAAUAGUAAAAUAAUGCUGAACCAGAAGAGUGAUCUGAACCUAAUUUCUUUAAGCAGGAAGGUAUAUUAGUAGAUGAAAGUGAUGGCAAAUAUUGUGACCACAGUACAUUUCUACUUGUAAAGUAUUUUCAGAGACUGCAGCAAGAGAAACAAACAAAUAAUAAAUAAAUAAAUAAAUAAAUAUAUAAAAUAAAUGUCAAAAUAAGACAGUGAAGUGCCAAAAAACAAAUGUCCAGGGUUGAAACUUUCAGUUACAAGAUUGCUGUUGCAUUUCUUCCAAACUUUUUCCUUGAUUGUGACACAGAACGCGGAGAACAUAAUUCACUAUCUGCGAUUCUUUCUUGCUUGAGGACUUUUUUUGUGAGGAGAAUGAACAAUGCUUGUCCUGACUAAUGCUUCCUUCCUUGACUGUGUCACUUCAUUUCUGUGUUUAUUUAUUUUGGUUCUAAAUAUUGUGUAUUGUUUAUUUUGUAAAACAGUUUAAACAUAUUUUGUUUUGUACAACUUAAUCCAUUAUUGUUUAGGCUUGUAGCUAUUGUCCUUUGGUUGUCUGUUAUGCAGUUUGAUACUUUUUUCUUUUUCAAAGGCAUAACAGUCCUUGAAAUUAUUCACAUCUGAAACAUUCAGCAGUGAUUACUUGUAUCUACAAUGUCAUAAUUUUAUAUCGUGUUAAGUUUUUUGAUGUUUCAAUUUCUAUUUCAUGAUAAAAUGUGUUUUAUGGUUUUCUUAA